AUGGGAGCCACUCCUUUCCACCCCUCGAUCCUCAAGGUCCAGCUCCCAAAAAACUUCGACAAGCCGACGGACAUGAGGUACGACGGGACUAAGGAUCCCCAAGAGCAUAUCACAACCUUUGAAGCAAGGAUGAACUUGGAGGGGGUAGGCGAUGCGAUCAGAUGCCGAGCAUUCCCUGUGACACUAGCCGGCCCAGCGAUUCGAUGGUUCCACGCCCUCCCACAAGGAUCCAUCAUAGCUUUCGCGAACAUCUCCCAAAGCUUCUUGGCUCGGUUCACGACACACAUAGCCAAGGCAAAAUACCCAAUCAACUUGCUGGGGGUUACCCAAAAACCCGGGGAGCCAACCAGAAAGUUCCUAGACAGAUUCAACAAUGAGUGUCUAGAGAUUGACAGCCUUACAGACUCAGUCGCUAGUCUCUGCCUAACGAACGGCUUGCUAAACGAGGACUUUAGGAAGCACCUUACUACCAAGCCUGUCUGGUCCAUGCAAGAAAUUCAAAGCGUGGCCAAGGAAUACAUCAAUGAUGAGGAAGUGAGUCAGGUUGUAGCAGCCAAUAAACGGCAGCUCCCAAACCCCCAGCUCAGCAGGCCCCCCAGGUCGACAGAUACAGGGAAGCCCCCUAGGACGGCACCCUAG